UUGACGUUAAACUGUUUUGUUGUCAUUAUUUGUCUUGCUUAAAAUAAAUUAUUUGUGGAUAACAAAAAUUCCGAAAUAUUGGUAAAUAUUGCUGAUAUAUAGAAACUUUUACCACUAAAUUUGACUAGAAGAGUGGAUCCGUUUUAAGAAGAACUUGCUAGGCGGAAAGUACUGUUCGUGCAGACCACAUGGGGGAUGUACGCAAUAAAAGCGUAAGAUGCGGAACGAAAUCCUCGAGUACUGCAGUCAAACCAAGCAUUGAAACUUCAACAUCUUCAGGAGUAGUGAAAAUUAAUCAGGAUGAUGUAUUAAAAUACCGAUCUAUCGAUAAAUCGAAGGUGAACUUUUCUAGCUUACGCGGAAAAAAUGUUUUAGUAAAUCCGACCGAGGAGCAGACUGAAGCGUUGAUAAAUGAUCUAAAACAAAGGAUUGCAAAUAAUCGUUGUGAGACGAUUUACGAAAUCGGUGUUGGAGAAGAUGGUAGCGAGAGUGGGUUGGAACCAGAGGAGUUCGAAUCGUCUGUAGCUUCAUUGACUGCAUUUGCAGAAAUAUUAAAUGCUAAAUGUGUUGAAUUACAAAGAAGAAAAGGUGAACGUGGUACAACCGGAUUGUACUUGGUGCGUUCCAAAGUCGAUGAUAAUGAUUUUACUGAAAUUCGUGUGGCGGUUGUAGGAAAUGUCGAUGCAGGCAAAUCCACUCUUCUAGGAGUGUUGACACAUGGUGAGCUGGAUAAUGGACGCGGUUUUGCCAGACAACGGUUAUUUCGACACAAACACGAAAUUGAAAGCGGUCGAACAAGCUCUGUUGGAAACGACAUUCUUGGAUUUGACAGUGUUGGUAAUGUGGUUAACAAACCAGACCAUGGUACUUUGGAUUGGGUAAAAAUUUGCGAAAAAUCUGCAAAGGUAAUAACGUUUAUUGAUUUAGCUGGGCACGAACGCUACCUCAAAACUACUGUGUUUGGGAUGACAGGACACGCACCAGAUUUUGGUAUGCUGAUGAUCGGAGCUAAUUCAGGCAUAGUCGGUAUGACUAAAGAACAUUUAGGUUUGGCUUUAGCACUUUCAGUGCCAGUGUUUGUAGUUGUAACAAAAAUUGACAUGUGCCCGCCAAAUGUGCUGCAAGAAAAUUUGAAAAUGCUAUAUAAAAUUUUAAAAUCACAAGGAUGCCGUAAGGUACCAGUCAUGGUAAAGACUACCGACGACGUUGUACUCAGCGCUACGAAUUUUGUUUCUGAACGAUUAUGUCCGAUAUUUCAAGUAUCCAAUGUCACUGGUGAAAACUUGAACCUGUUGAAUAUGUUCCUUAAUCUAUUAACGGUACAAACUACUGGAAGCGACAGUCUGCUUACCGAAUUUCAAAUUGACGAUACGUAUGCAGUGCCGGGAGUUGGUACCGUUGUAUCCGGUAUAACUCUACAGGGUGUCGUGCAUCUUAAUGACGUUCUUCUGUUAGGACCUAAUCCGCUGGGGGAUUUCCAACCAAUCACAAUAAAAAGUAUUCACCGAAAGCGAAUGAUUGUUCGUGAAGUUCGUAGUGGUCAAACUGCAAGCUUCGCCCUCAAAAAGAUCAAACGAUCCCAAAUACGAAAAGGAAUGGUUCUGGUCAGCCCUGAGUUGAAUCCACAGGCUUGCUGGGAGUUUGACUGCGAGAUACUGGUACUUCAUCAUCCAACAACCAUUUCGAGUAAAUAUGGUCGUUGGUCAGCGAUGGUGCACUGUGGAAGUAUUCGACAAACAGCACAAAUUCUGCAAAUGUCGAAAGAGUGUUUACGAACUGGUGAUAAAGCUAUUGUUCGUUUUCGUUUUAUCAAAAAUCCAGAAUACAUGAAACCAGGGCAACGCAUGGUCUUUCGCGAAGGCCGAACGAAAGCAGUAGGAAAUGUGAUAACUCCGCUUUACACUCCCGGCUCUGUUCAACAGCGUGCGAAGCCAAAUAAAAUGCAAGGUCGUACCACAAGUUUGGUUCAACAAGCUAACAUACCUAAGCCGUUAUCUAGAAACACAAAUGAGACGGUUUCGGAAGCGCAAUCAUUAUUACCUAGCGGAUCAAUGUUGCUGGAUAUCGGGACCGAUAAACGGAAUAAUCGAUCGAAUAACAUACAUAAAAAAAAUCGCGGAGGGACGUCGAACAAUGCUAUACAAACUAGUAUCAACUCUGGGACUCUUAAUGAUUCCUCUCCCACGUCACCUCAGCAAACUCCGUUCAUUAAUGAUGCAAUUUCUGUUGCCUCUAAUUAGUCAAAUUUUCAAAUUCCUUAUCAGAUUUUUAUUUGACUAUCAAAUAAACGAAGCUAUUACAAAACAUUUUUUAAUUUGCACAACUUUUGAAACGUAACAGUAUAUUUUCAUAUGAAUUGUUUCGUACAUAAACGAGUACAAGUUGUCGAAAAAUCCUCGAAUUCUAACAAUACACGCAUUCUGACAUAUAAAACACCAUUGAAAUUUUGUCGUCUCUGAAAAUUGCUGUAUAAUAUCAGGAAAUAUAUUUUCGUUAAACAAG